AUGGCCGGGCUCUGCUCCCAGGAUCCUUCUCUGACCCCGUUUUUGGUCACCGUGGAGAAUAACCACCGAGGCAACAAGGCAGUGUCCUUCACCAAAGUGGUGACCCUGGAAAUCUACAACUUUAUCAUCAGUAUGAGCCAAGAGUUUCCCGAAAAGAUCCAGGUCAAUGGCAUCGUUGUGGAACUGCCCUUUUCCUAUGAAAAUAAACUGAGCAUCUACCAGAGUGGAGUUCACGGCUUCAUCAAGACAGACUUUGAUCUGCGUGUCAGCUUUGACUGGUACAGCUAUGCCAGAGUCAUCGUUCCCGACUCUUACGCCAAUGCACUCUGUGGCCUCUGUGGUAAUGCCAAUGAAGAUCAAACUGAUGACUUUCUCAUGAAAGAUGGAACCCAAGCAGAGGAUGAAAAUCAAUUUGCAAACAGCUGGAAGGUGAAAGAUAUUCCUGGCUGCUCUUCUGGAUGCACUGAAAAUUGCCCAGUGUGCAGUAAUGCUGAUAAACAAACCUACCAAGGUCCAUCCUACUGUGGGAUUCUUACAAGAAAGAGUGGGCCUUUCAGGCAAUGCCAUGAUGCCAUUGAUCCUCAGUCUUAUCUUGAUGAUUGUGUCUAUGAUACCUGCGCAUAUCAAGGUCACCAUGAGACCCUCUGUAUUGCCAUCAGCUCCUACAUGACAGCAUGUCAAGCUCAAGGCAUCCAAGUUGAGGAGUGGAGAUCACCAUCCUUCUGCAGUAUGUCUUGCCCACCUAACACCCACUAUGAGCUCUGUGGCAAUGGUUGUCCAGCCACAUGCAAGAGCCUCAUCUCACCGCAGAAGUGUGAUGUUCCAUGCCUGGAAGGAUGUUUUUGUGACUCUGGAUCUAUCCGCAGUGGGGAUCAGUGUGUUUCAAAUGCAAACUGUGGCUGUUUUGACCAAGGCCGAUACUACAAACUGGGAGAAGAGUUUUAUCCCACCACUUCCUGCCAGAAAAAGUGCAUCUGCAAGGAUAACGCAACCAUAGAAUGUCAAAAGUUCUCUUGUGGAGAAAAUGAGGAAUGCAAGAUUGCAAAAGGCGUUCAAGGCUGCCACCCCAUAGGCUAUGGAAAGGCCAUUGUAUUGGGGGGACAUCAUUUCAUUUCCUUUGAUGGAAGGCAUUUUGAACACUACGGCUCCUCUACUUAUACCUUAGCUCAAGUCACCCAGCACAAUCCUCAGCUCCAGAACUUCACUGUGUGGGUAGAGAAUGAGAAGCUUGGUGAUGGUCCUUUAAUUCUAAUCCGGAAUCUGAAGAUCUUCAUUCAUGGUUCCACAAUCACCCUUCAGAGGGGACUAAAGUGGCAGGCCACGGUGGAUGGACAGUUGUAUACCCUGCCAAUGAAUGCAGCUGAUGGGAAAUUCUGGAUCACCCAAGAAGGGAACAACAUCAUUAUCUAUACAACCUUUGGCCUCACAGUCCUCUAUGAUACUUCUUCAUAUAUUCAGGUUUCUGUGCCCAGUACUUACAUGGGUCAUAUGCGUGGCCUAGCUGGCAACUUCAAUGGGGAUACGAAGGAUGACUUCAUGCUACCUAAUGGAAAACUCACUGAAAAUGUGGAAGAAAUUGCGGCUGCUUGGAAGGUCCCAGUGAAUGGUGUAAUUUCUUCUGAUGGCUGCGGGGACAGAUGUCCAGUCUGCAACAAAGCCCAGAAAACAAAAUAUGAAGAUGAGAACUUCUGUGGAUUGAUCCCAUCCAAGACAGGUCCAUUCAUAGGCUGCCAUUCACUGGUGGACCCUGCAGAAUAUUUUGAACACUGUUUGAAUGAGGCCUGCACAACCAAUGAGGUUCAGGAGUCCCUUUGUCGAAGUCUUCAAGCCUAUGUAGCUGCUUGCCAGGCAUCUGGUGGCAACAUUAGAGCCUGGAGAAGCUCUUUCUUCUGCCCUCUCACCUGUCCGGCCCACAGCGACUAUGAGCCAUGUACCAGAACUUGUGAUUCCACCUGUGCCGCCUUGUCUAGUCUAAGUCAGUGUUCAGAGAACUGCUUUGAAGGCUGUCAGUGUGAUGAAGACUAUGUCUUUGAUGGAUCUCAGUGUGUAACCAUGAAGCAAUGUGGCUGCACAUAUCGCGGAGCCUACCUCAAGAUCGGCGAGCACAUUUACUCGAAAGGCUGCACAAAAAAAUGCACCUGCCAGUCAGCAGGCCACCUCCAGUGCAAAGAAAGCAGCUGCCAGCUUGGAGAGACCGGUGCCCUUCGGGAAGGCGUGCGUGGCAGCGUGACGCUGGAAGCUCAAUGCCAACUCACUGCCCAAGCACGUUUCACUUCUUUCGAUGGUGCCAGAGGGAGAUAUUCCUGGAGUGGAGUCUACGAAAUAGCUUCUCUUUGUGACCAGAACUCUGCCUCCUGGUUCAGGCUGUUAGUGAGCGUUGGAAAAGUGUAUACGAAGGAGAUGGUGGUUGGAAAAUCUGUCUUCUUUUACUUUCGAGGUGGCUUCAUUCAGAUAAUAAACCGAGAAAGGUUUUGGGUAAACGGUCAGAAUAUAAAGCUGCCAUAUGAGAACAGCCCUGUGUCCAUUAGGAAAAUUCAAGAUAAAAUUGUUAUUGACCAUGAUUCUGAAGUGCAAAUUUAUCUCCAUCCUGAUGGGAUGGUGACAAUGGCAGCCAAGGAGAGCCUCAGAGGGAAGCUGUGUGCCGCCUGUGGAAACUUCAACAAGGACCAUUUGGAUGACUUGAAGCUGGCCAGUGGAGAGAGAACAAAUAAUUUUGAUGAAGUACUCAAGUCCUGGGAGGCGGAAGAUUUUCUUGAAAAUUGUUCCAUCUGUGCUUGCAAUCCGAAGUAA